AUGAUAGGAGUGGUGCCCUCGACGGCAAGCGCCAAGGACUCGACGUUGGUGAUUAUCGAUGCGCAGAACGAAUAUGCAGACGGUUUGCUCAAGACCCAAAACGUCAGCUCCACACGCGGAGCCAUCGCGGCGCUGCUCGAGAAAUACCGCGCCUCGCCCCACUCGGGCAAGAACAUUGUGCACGUCGUGCACGACACGCCACAGGGCGCUCCCGUCUUCAGCCCCGGCACGCCCCUGGCAGACGAAUUCGCCGAGCUGCAGCCGCGCGAGGGCGAGAAGGUGGUCCACAAGGGCCAGCCAAGCUGCUUCGCGGGCACGGAUCUGCACGAGUACUUGGGUGGGCUGGGGGAUGUGGGGAAGAAGGUUGUGCUGGUGGGCUACAUGGCGCAUGUGUGUGUGAGCACGACGGCGAGGGCGGCGGCGGAGAGGGGGCUGGAUGUCGUGUUGGCGGCGGAUGCUAUUGGGGAUCGCGACAUUCCUGGCGGACUGGGCGGGCAGCAGUUGACCGAAGUCGUGUUGCGCGAGCUGGGGGAUGCGUUCGGCACCGUGGUACAGGGGAAAGAGGUGAGCUAA